CACUACUGAACUGUUGGGAGCGGACUCGGGGCCGUUUCGCGGGGCCCUUGUUGCCGGUGGGGGUUGGGCGGCCCGAUGGCGACGUUCUUCGGGGAGGUGGUGGCGGCGCCGUCCCGGGCCGGGGUGGACGACGAGGAGGAGGCGGCGGAGGAGCGGGAGGAGACGCCGGAGGACCGCGAGAUCCGCAGGGAGCUGGAGAAGAAAAGAGAGGUCCACAUCCUUUGGAGUUCAAAGUUAAGUGCAUCUACUGGAAGCUUUACAGAUGAGCAGUUUCCUUGCUCUAAGUUUAUAUUGGCGAUAGGACAUAACGCUGUAGCUUUCCUGUCCUCAUUUGUUCUGAAUUCUGGAUGCUGGGAAGCAGUUGGCUCUGUCAAAUUGUGGAACGAGUGGUGCAGAACAUCAAAUACAACAAGUGUUCUUCCAACAGAUGCUUUCUGUUUGUUCUACAAAUUAAUAUCUGAUCCAACAGUAUUGUUGUGCCAGUGCAAUUGCUAUGUGGCUGAGGAUCAGCAAUUUCAAUGGCUUGAAAAGGUUUUUGGCUGUAUGCGGGAGGAGGAUCUGCAAGUAACCAUUCUUUCGACAUGUCCUGUAACUGAUUAUAAAACCCCUGAAUCCACUUUAACGCUUCCUUCUCCUUUUCUGAAAGCUUUAAAGACAAAAGAAUUCAAAGAGAUCGUCUGUUGUCCACUGCUGGAGCAGCCAAAUAUUGUACAGGGUCUCCCUGCUGCUGUUCUGAGUUAUUGUCAAGUAUGGCAGAUUCCUGCAGUGUUGUAUCAGUGUUACACGGAUGUCAUCAAACUGGACACUGUUACAAUUGAAGCAUUCAAGCCUGUGCUUUCUUCUAAGAACCUGAAGAGUUUAGUCAAGGAUAUGUCCAAAAGCACAGAGAUACUGAAGAAAUUAGUGACAACCAAUGAAAUUCAUAACAACAUCUAUACAUAAAGAUAAAGUGGACACUUAUCACCAACCAGUACAUUCAAGUCUGAAGAGCACUUUUGUCAACUCCAGUUGCUUAUUUGAAGAUAUUUUGGAAUUAUAGCUGCUGCUUUAAAAGUGGAAUAAAUCCUAAUAGAUUUUUUUAUAUUUUGAGAUACUCUUUAUUUGAGCAUUUUUCAAUGCCUAGAGUGACUUAACACAUGUCAAAUUUUCUUGCUUCACUAGAUGGGAGUAUAUUUUUAACAGUUUAUUAACCCAAAGAGACGACUUGAGGAUGAAAUGCACAUUUUUCCCUUAAGUGGAUCGAAUGACUUGUUUUAAAUAUACACGUGCUAUAGUCAAAACAGAAAAGUAGGUUUGAUUGAUGUCUAAUGAUGUCAUACUUCGUUAAAUUUAUUUUGAGUUGUCUUAAAAAUCUAUGUGGGUGAUCUGAAUAAAGAUACUCAGAAGUUCUCAAAUUUUAUAUACAAAAUAUUUAUGUUAAAAAUACCAUGGUAAAGACAUAUUUGGAAACCUACUUAUGUGUAAAAAUACAAUUCAGGAUUCCACCAUUUGCAUUAGUAAAAGUGGUGGGAACAUGGAAUUAUCAGCUAUCUGGAAGCAGAUGAAAUAUGUGACUCCAUUUUUACUUCACUUUGGAACUUGCCUCAAUAUUUUAGCCACCUUUCUCUUACAUAAAGAGAAAUUAUACUUUAUGGUAGUCAGAAAUUUUGCAGGUCAAAACUGCUUCAAUAAGCUUUUAAUCUUAACAGCACCUAGCACAAUGUGGUCCAUGACUCUUAAGUGCUGCAGUAAUACAAAGAAGAAAUAAUAAUCAAAACUGACUUUUAAUCUUAAAAGUCUGUUUACAUCCAUACAAUAAAAAUUUGCUUCAACCGUUUUAACUGAGUUGACAAAGGAGUAGUAAGAACAACAGUCACCUUUAUGCUGAAUAGGAAAUUUUCAAAGAGAAGCAAAUAGUUUAAAUCUUCAGUAUUUAAAGUUGAAAUGAUUUUAGAGGUUAAUAUUUUAAGAACCUAUGGUUUAUAAUGUUGUUCUGACUGUUUUUAAAAUUAAAUAUUGGAAUUGGCAUAAAGUUGCGGUACAUCGGUACAUUAACUGUAUAUUGUCCCUGACAGUGUAUUCAAGAUUAUAAUUGCAAAUGUGGCAUGAAGAAUUAAUAUUCUGUUGUAGCCAUCUGCAUCAGAGUGCUGUUACUAGAAUGAGAAUUUUAAAAUGUAUUUGGGUCAUUUUACAGGAAAGAAAGAUUACUUUCAAUCUACUGUGGCUUAGAUCGUUCUCAGCAUAGUCAGUUUGAUUUUUUUUUUAUUGUGAAAGCUCACUGGAAUAUUCGUAACAAUAUACUUUUAUGUCUUAACUGCA